UAUCUUCAAAAUUCUAUUUUAACAUCUUGUGGUUUCCUCAAAUAUGGAUUAGCUAAAUUUAGAGUUUGCUAUAAGCUCUCUAUAUAUGAAUCCACUUUUCUCCUAAUUCGCAGAAACAAAGGCCUCAAGAAGAAGGAUCAACAUAUUAAUUGACUAAAAAUGAAGGCAUGGAUGAUAAUCUUGUUGGUGAUUUGUGUCGCUGUGAUGGUGGAGCAAUCAGAGGCUCGCAAAGCCCGAAAGUAUUUACAUCCAGGCGUGCUUGACCGGUGCCGUGGUCCUACUCCUCCAGCGGGAUGUCAUCCUCACAAUUCCCACCAAAAACCCCGUGUCCCUGUUCACAAAUAUAGUCGUGGUUGCGGUGGAAUUAACCGGUGCAGACGAGAUGCGUAGGUUUAACCUCACAUGACGACGUCCCUUUAUAUUGAUCCUUCUUCUACAUGAGACUUGCAAUGAUAUUAUAUAUUCAUAUAUAUACACAUGACGUUGUAUAUGAUAAUUCCAGUUGAUUAAUAAAUCUUACUAUAUAUUUUGAAUUCAAUACACAAGAACAAGAUCAUGUAUUUAUUGAAGUAAUUUUGUCCAUGUUUUGUGCUUAUAAUGGUAUGAGUUUGUUAUUA